AUGGGUCUCCUUGACCUCACCGCGUCAGAGAGCCUCGCCGAGCCAGGCCGUGACUUCAAUGUCGAUCUUGUCUUCAUCCAUGGCCUCUACGAGAGGGGUGUCAAAGCAUGGACACAGGAAAGAGCCGACACUCUUUGGGUGCGAGAUAUUUUCCCGCACCAAAAGUACCAGGCUCGCAUCCUGUUCUACGACUACGACGUGGAGACCCUGACUGCUCCGGGUGGCCCGGCAGCGACGGGUAUCUACGACGAAGCUGUCAACCUUGUGAACGAGUUGCAGGCAGAUAGAUAUAUUCAGGAAGCCGACCGACGCCCGAUAAUAUUCAUCUGCCAUGGCGUAGGAGGCCUGCUGGUAAAGCGCGCAUUGGCCUUCUCAAACUCCAGGAAGGACGUCAAGGUCGACCAUCUGCGAUCGACGUUUCGGUCUACCGUUGGUCUCCUAUUCAUGGCAACUCCUCAUCAGGGUCUGAAGAAGGCGUCCAUAUCUUUCGGAAAUCUCGAGAAGCAUGGCGGGCCUGGCCAGUUCAUGCUUGGUUUGCUCGAGGGCUCAGAGACGAUACAGGAGAUCACCGAUCAGUUCGCGCCGCUGAUGAAACAUUUUCUUAUCUACAACUUCUGGGAGAAGAUCGAGACACGGAUUGGCAAAACCAAAACCUUCAUUGUGGACAGAUCCUCCGCCGCCCCAGGCUGGUAUGAGGUUGACCAGCAUGGGAUUUAUGCGACGCAUUCCAACAUAAAUAAAUUCAGCAGUACUGCCUCACCGGGCUAUCGAGUUGUGCUAGCUACGCUCGAUAGAUAUCUACGAACGGCAGCUACCAAUAUCGAACGCCGAUGGCAGCAGGACCUGGAACUCAUACACAUGGAACGCGUCAAUGACUUGCAACCUGUCCUUGGGACCAGCUUGAAUGUGGAUAGCUCGACGUCACUAAGAUCUUCAUCCUCCGCAGCGUCUUCGACUUUGCUGGACCAACCUACUACCCCUGGUGACUCGGACUCAGAAGGCCGUUCAGAUGGCACUUCGACGCCCUCGAUCAACGUACAUACCAUGGUAAACCGCCGUUCCGAGUAUUUCGUUGGCAGGCAAGCGCAGGCUCAGCUUCUGGCCAAGGCCUUUGGGACUAUUCAACGCAAGCGAGGGAGGAAACCCAAGACUUUCGUAAUCUAUGGCCUACCAGGAAGCGGCAAGACGCAGUUCUGUCUACGCUAUUUGGAAGAUAAUCGCCACAGGUACUGGGGUGUCUUCUGGAUAGACUGUACCACCGAGGUCACCGCUGAGGCUGGGUUCGCCACAUUGGGCCAAAGAGCAGGCAAAGGGCAGGAGAUUGGAGCAGGACAAGACUGGCUGUCUCGCUCGCCUGACCCAUGGCUGCUCAUCUUGGACAACGCCAACGAUCCCGAGAUGGAGCUGGCAAACUUCAUACCCCCGACUGGCAAUGGCCACAUAUUGAUCACCACCCGGAACCCUAACGCCAAGAUUUACAGCACGCUUGGCUCACUACACUUCAAAGGCAUGGAUCCUGAAGAAGCCAUCACACUCUUCCUCAGGUUGGCGUACCCGGACAGCGCCCCGAAUACAGCCAGCCAAGACUCACGAAGGCAUGCAGAACUCAUCGCCUCCGAGCUGGGCUAUCUGGCGCUGGCCCUCAUACAGGCGGCCUACACCAUUCGUCGACAGUUGUUGCCAUUGGAGAGGUAUCUGGGGUCCUUGCUUGGCUGUCGCAAAGCAUUGCUCAGCAGCCCGAUCAUCAGGUCUUCGGCAGAUGCUAAUAUCGUAGCCACAUGGGAACUACCGUUCACCGGGAUUUCCAAUGGCCGGACCCAAGAGUAUCGGGAUGCUGUAGAUCUCAUUCAUAUCUUUGCGUUCGUGCACUUUAAUGCCAUCCCUGGCUCUUUGUUCUCCCGCUCGUCGGACGGGGUGAAGCAGGCGAAACGGCUCCGCACUCGGCCUGCGUGUAUUGUCGAGCCCGACUCGAUGGAAGGUGUCCAAGACCGCGUGCUUGCGGCGGCCCGCGUGCUCUAUGAGCACUCCAUCAUCUCAGUCGUGGACCUUGAUUCCAUUGCAACAGGCGAGGCGCGGUUUACGCGGUCACGGAAGCAACUCAUUUCGCUGCACCCAGCAAUCCAUCAAUGGGCCAGGGAGAGACUAGACGGGACCGAGCACCGCGACUGGCUCGACUGCACCGCCUCGGUCCUCUCACACUCGAUCUCAUCGAAUCUGGAGAACUCGGGCAGAUCGUUCAGACGGCUUCUCCUAUCACAUGUCGAAUCGUGUCUCUCUGCUUUGGAAACAGUGUAUCCGAAUAUGCCGGUCGACCAAGACCAAGCUUUCAACCUCGAGAAAUUCGGUCUCGUCUACGCAGAGAACGGCUUGUGGAGGCGGGCAAGAUCUCUGCAGGUCAAAGUCGUAGACUUUAGGAAGCGGAGGCUCGGAAGAUUCCAUACCGAUACUAUCAGCGCUCAGCAAGGUCUGGCAAAUACGUAUUGGAAUCUGUUCGAAAUCGAGAAGUGUCUGAACGUACAGCAACAAGUCUGGACGGCUAGAUUCUGGUCACGUCCCAGUCUUUUAGAUUGGCUCACCUGGCCACCAUGGAAGCCGAACACUGUGCCAUAUUGCAUAGCACUAGAUGAUCUGACGCGGUCCCUGUGGCUCGCUGGCCGUCGCGACUUAUCGAAGAGAGCCGGAGAACGAGCACUCCAGGGACUUAUGCAGAAGCUGGGACCAGACGAUCCAUUGACCCUCAGCGCGAUGUUCAACCUAUCCCGGACUUACUUACACGUUGGCGACCUCGACAAGAGCUAUGAGCUACUUGUUGAGGUCCACCGUAAGCGAAAACACUACUUUGGGUAUGAGCAUCCUGAUACACUGAUGACCAGAAACGAGCUUGGCGUGAACCUGUGUGCGCAGAGGACACGCCUCGACGAAGCAGAGGAGCUCGUACGAGGCGCACUAGAGUCGCGCAAGAGGGUUUUGGGAGAGGAACAUGCAUAUACCCUCUGGUCGGUCAACGACCUCUCAAAAAUCUACUGCGAACUCCGACGAUUCGCCGAGGCCACUGACAUCCUGGAAGAGAUCAUUCCAAUCGUCAAGCGUACGCUAGGCAACGACCAUGCCGGCAUGUUCAUGACCAAGUCGAAUCUGACGCGUGCGUACAUCCUACGCCAGAAGUGGAAGGAGGCCCGGGAACUGCUUGUCGAGCUACGUGAGGUCGUCCCGAGCGACCAUCCGGACAGGUUGCACGCAGAGUACGGCUACGCGUUCGUGCUAUACCAUGAGGGCGAGCUGGAAGAGGCGGAGGAGUGUUGUAAGAGACUCCUGAAGAACGUGGAAGAGACGAACGUCUUGGGGUCCGACAGCGCGCGCGUCAUUGCCACGGUGGAGAUUUUGUCGGAGAUAUACCUCGCAGAUCAACGGGAUGAAGAGCUGGUGGAGCUGAGGCUGAGAUACCCACGUGUCGACGGGAAUGAUGGGCGAGGAUCUAUUGAUAUCACUCCGUUGGGUCCACUUAAGCGUAGGAGGCCGCGGACACAGGCGGAUACAAAUGACUAG